AUGGCUGAUUCGAAUACUGUCGGUUUCCUGCUCUUCUGUACUUUAGUUUGUACAUUUUUCAAAACGCCGGAGGUACAAGCACAAAACUCAAGCAUGUGUAAGUAAAAUGAAGUAGUUUUUAAAGCGAAACAGCGAGAGACAACACAACUCCACACAUUUACGUAGUUAAACCUUCCUAGUUUUAAACGACGUUUUGACAAUUUUCGAACCCCUGUUAAGCGAAAUGAGACACAAAUUUGUAAAAGCUGCCUAAUGCUAAGGCUUCAGUCUGGUUUUAUGAAGGAAAAUUGUUUCAGAUAAAGUUGUAUAUCGUGCCGAACGCAAUAUUUCACUGAUUUCCGGGUGGUAAAAAAUAGCAGUUGUCACGGAUACGCGCACAUUUCAGCACUUCUGUUCUUCAAUUUUGAUGUGCUCUACUUGCUUGAUAAUUUGCAUAAUCUUUAUAAGACGUGUCUAAAUGACCUAACGAGAUUAUUCCGAGCUAAUUAUGAACAAGACUUCCAUGUAAAUGUGAGAUAUUUGAGCAGACAAACCACUGAUCUUGUUGAUUGGAAACAAACACUCGAACGAAGAAUGUUUAAAGCAAGUAUAGUAUGGCCUCUCGAGAGUGUGACAUUUUUUUUCCUCCAUUGUUUUUCGAUUCUCGUUGCCUUGUAUUUUGAUUGAUUGCUCGACUGUUUAAAAUAAAACAGUGGUGGAUAUGUCUAAAGUUAUAUUUCAAAUCGUUCAACCAUUUAAUUGACUUGUUCUGAAUUUAACUUGCUACCGCACAAAGACACAGCUUGAUCACGGAUAACCUUUCGUGUUCGAAAAUGGUACUCAGUUUUGUAUCUAUUUUUCUCUGUUUUAGCUGCAAUUUUCACUCUAGACAGGAGCACACGUCAAAAGUCAGGUAAGUCUUUGUCUGAGCUAAUUUUCAUCAAGAAACGAGUUACAGGGUUUGAUGCAGAGAACUAGGGUUUGAAGCCGUCACGGUAUCCUGACCUCGAUGUUUCUUAUCAAUCAUUAAUCCGACCACGAUAAAUUUUAAGAUCGUCCAUUUCAAGGUUCAUUUCAAGAUUUGUUUGUAUGUACAAGUUUCGCAUUGAUAUUUUCUUGCUAUCUCUGGUUCGAAUACAGAAUUCAUCUUCUAAAGCUCUAAGUACUAACCUAACAGCAAUGCACUUUAUUCGGCUACAUGAGUAUAAUCCAAUUACGAUUAAAAUAAAUACCAAAGAUUCACGAAGUCCACUUUUUUUAACCAAGAACUGUAGCUUAAAACAAAACAGUGGUGUAUAUGUCUAAAGUUAUAUUUCAAAUCGUUCGACUAUUUAAUUGACUUGUUCUGAAUUUAACUUGCUACCGCACAAAGACACAGCUUGAUCACGGAUAACCUUUCGUGUUCGAAAAUGGUACUCAGUUUCGUAUCUAUUUUUCUCAGUUUUAGCUGCAAUUUCCACUCUAGACAAGAGCACACCUCAAAAGUCAGGUAAGUUUUUGUUUGAGCUAAUUUUCAUCAAGAAACGAGUUACAGGGUUUGAUGCAGAGAACUAGGGUUUGAAGCCGUCACGGUACCUGACCUCGCUGUUUCUUAUCAAUCAUUAAUCCGACCACGAUCAAUUUCAAGAUCGUCCAUUUCAAGGUUCAUUUCAAGAUUUGUUUGUAUGUACAAGUUUCGCAUUGAUAUUUUCUUGCUAUCUCUGGUUCGAAUACAAAAUUCAUCACCUAAAACUCUAAGUACUAACCUAACAGCAAUGCACUUUAUUCGGCUACAUGAGUAUAAUCCAAUUACGAUUAAAAUGAAUACCAAAAGAUUCACGAAGUCCACUUUUUUUUAACCAAGAACUGUAGCUUACAGUUUAAGGCAGAGUCGGUUGUGUUGUUAGACUGUAAACACGUAUCUUUCCGAAGUAACGUCCUCUUGUUUUCGGACAAGCAGUAUGUGAAACAGAUUGAAAAUUUUGGGCACCAGGUCGUCACCUUGGUAUUGCAGAAUUUCAAGAAUCUACUGUUUGCUCCCACACACAUAUCUUGUGGCAAAACCUCACUGUAGCGUUUAAAAAAAUUCUAUGAUAAAAAGAGUAACCACAGGUGAACUUGCCAAAAUUGGAUAAAAAAUUUCAGUCACCAAAAUCGGGCACAAAAGAAAGCAUCUAACUUACCUAUGGCAAGACAAUAAUUAUUGUACCUUGAAGUGGUUCAAAUUUAGUGAUUUAAAUGUUCCAGCUCUUAAGCUCUCCCUUCUACACAUUAUAUGAGGGUUGAGCCCCGGCGGCUAAGGCCACGCACGGGCUCAACCCUGAAUGGGGCGCAGAUGAGUGUGUCCAGUGAUUGGACUAUGCUUUAGGAAGGACUGAUCUCUGUUUCGAGAAAUGGGUAAAAUUUGGCAGAAGGGAAUAAUUUCACCAUGAUCGGUAGAAUUUCGUGGAAACACAAGCGAGGUUCUUUUAUUGCUGUUGUCGCUUUGAGUGGUUUUACAUAUAUACCACAGCCCCUCGACCAGCGCCCUUGCACUGAUAACAGAAGAAUUAGAGCAAUUUAAGUCAAGGAGAUGAACAAUCCAACUAAAUUAAAGGAUGUAAAGAUAACCGUGUUAAAAAUUGGCUGUUGAUCGGUUCAAAGAAUUUACUCAAAUGUGAUUACGGUAUUAGCUAAGUACCAAGAGAUAAUAAACUAUGUACGGAUAUCGAGCUACCCAGAUUAUCGCCAAUUGAUUUUAACAGAGGAUCUCCAAAUCUGACCAUAGUUUAUUUUAGUUAUGAACAUUUAUAAAAUAGGCUGAAUCAUACACUUGUUUUGAUUGGUUCUUGCCUAUAAGCUAUUACAGAACAAACGCAUUGAUGACUUCACCAUCAACGACAUUUUGCUUCUGUAUUUAUUAUAUAAAACAAAUAGACUUCGUGUUGCCGUGGGUCUGAUGUGGUGAGAACAUCUGACACACUCGUCUGAGCCUUAUGUGCUACUUUCGUCUUCCUACCGGCCACAUGUUGACGUCAUCAGUGAUCUAUCACUGGACAGAAGCGCGGCAACAUGAAAUCCAUUCGAUGAACAUACUAAUUAUUGGCGAAAUAGUGGAAUAUUUGAUUACAUGGUUGUGGAUUAUCGGUACUAUAGAUUUGCUGAAGCCGGAAAUCUAUUUACUGAUUACUUCUAGGACAGAAUUUUCAAAGCCUCCAAGUCUUAUUGUAUGGAACAUCAAGAAAGCCUACCUGAGCAUUGAAUUACCGGGUACCCUUAGCAAAUCAGUUUUAGACUGAAUUACUGAACACCUACAAAAACCAGCCGAACCGUUCUAGAACCCUGAUAAUCUAACCAUUAAUUCUCCCAACUCACGACUCUUCAUUACCUUGUUUACAAUUAUUAAUAGUUUAAUGAUGUAUAAAGAAAGUGAUUUUAUUACCUUGAUUAUAACUCUUUCAAUCCUUAACUUUUCUAGAAAGAGAAAUGACGUUAACGUUGUACUCGAUUGGGAUUCGUGAGUGAGGCGUGAUUUGCCUCCUGAAAUGUACGUGGCCCGGCCGCAAAUAUUCUUUUUCAUUUCAUGAAAGUCUCAAGGUUUCCCAGAAACCUCGCACACAAAAAGACAGAUUUGAAUUUCUCCCUUUUAAAUUCGUGACUCGUGAAUUUUCCUAAGCAGCCCAGAUCAGGAACACCCCCCCCCCCCUCCGCCCCGUCUCUUUGCUACCCGCUUAUUGGUCAUUCUUCAAAAUCGAAAUGAAAGCCGACAAUGAAAAAAACCGCUGCUCAAUCCCUGGAGGGGCACGCGGUGAACUAUGAGCUGAAAUUCAUACUUGAUGCAGUUAAGAGACCUCGAUGUAAGCUUAGUCCAAGUACUCUGGGUGUGAAAUUCACAUAGGUGAUAAGAGCAUAGUAACGCAAACACGAUAAAAUUAAGUAAACUGCCGACUAGUGCCGACUGCCUUGAUUAAUUCAAGACUUCUUUCCAGUUUCUCCUUUCUUAGCUGUCACGGUAAGCAGUACGCAUGGCUUUACGCAAAUUGUAUCAAAUAUCUCGUCGAGCCAGUUCCACUCACCACAGGUCUCCUCAUCAAGAUAUCUGGUGACACCAUCUUCCAUAUUUGGGGCUUCUUCAAAUGGAAGCAUUUCCACCUCACAAAGCAGUUCAUCAUCGAGUUUGAUAAUAGUUCAGCAAAAAUCCUCAAGAGCCGCGAAAAAUCAUAGCACAGCGACGAGUCCUGUCGCAAAUCAUAGUACAAUAAUAAGUUCCACGAAGAUAAAAAGCACAGCCAUCAGUACAAAAACUAAGCAAAGCUCGACCAUGACCUCAUCUCAGGUGACCAAUAAGAAAACUAUAACCAUUACUCCUUCCAAGUCUCAACCAACGAGCAGCUCUGCGAGCGCAACAGUGAUUACACCGACAACAAGUACCCCAACCAAAGGUUAGUUAUUAGAUUAAGCAGGUUUUGCGCAAAGGCGUGGCCGAGAGGUUCAGGCUGAUCGGUGAUGGAUUUGAAAUCUGUACGUUACAAUCAGUAUCAACAACUGGGCAUAGACUCCUCGGUGUAAAGUACUUUACGACCAAAAUCAACAUCUGAGCACAGACUCCUCGAUGUAAGAUAUUUUACGAUAAAUAUCAACAUCUGGGCACAAACUCCUCGAUGUAAGAUGUUUUACGAUAAAUAUCAACAUCUGGGUACAGACUCCUCGGUAUAAGAUAUUUUACGAUAAAUAUCAACAUCUGGGUACAGACUCCUCGGUGUAAGAUAUUUUACGAUAAAUAUCAACAUCUGGGCACAGACUCCUCGAUGUAAGAUAUUUUACGAUAAAUAUCCACAUCCGGGCACAGACUCCUCGGUGUAAGAUGUUUUACGAUAAAUAUCAACAUCUGGGCACAGACUCCUCGAUGUAAGAUAUUUUACGAUAAAUAUCCACAUCCGGGCACAGACUCCUAGUUGUGAGGUAUUUUAUUAUCAAUAUCAACAUUUAGGCAUAGACCCUUAGAUGUUGGGUACUGUACGACUAAUACCACAGCUGGGCGCAGACUCUGAUAUAAGCUAUUUUACGAUCAAUAUCAACAUUUGGGGCCUUUCCCCCUCUUUGUCAGUCAGUUCAUUGGAUUUGAUAAGUGAAAAUUUAUGCGCUCAUGAGGAGAUAAAAAAAAUAAUCAUACCUCCUCGAUAGAGGACGAAGCAGUCGGCUAAAUGUGAAAAAAUUGUGAACUGUAGUUACAUGCUUUGCCAGCCGGGUUAUCUGAAUGGAUUGGUAUGCUAAAGUGAUGAACGGUGAAGCCCUUCGAAGCCUUUCUACUGAAGAUAAGUUUAUCUUUUCGUAGUCUUGAAGCUUCCCUGCUCAUCGCUUAGCGCACAAAAAAAUGCUAGUUACACAGGCUUAUGCUGUACACAGACCUCAAAAUUGUCUCUUUUCAAUUUGUUUUCGUGUCGCACCUACUCAGCUGUUUUUAUUCUUGUUUUUUCUCAGGAUUUGCACUGUCUGUUCAAACAGAAUACAUCUUGACGGCAUGUCUUGUUGUGUUCUUCUUCGUAUUAAUUGCCACAGUCGCUCUGGUUAUUCAAAUUGCUUUACUUCACAAGUCCUUGAAAAAAUUAAAGGCUAAAAGUCACCGUUAGAAGCCAGGAUCCUUACAACGAAGGCAAAUAUUUCCUCUCAGUUUUUUCUGUCAAAUACGAAUGGGUUGUUAAAAACAGUUUUAUGUAAUGACGUAUAGGGUGAGCCGCUCGCUUAGGAACUGUAAUUAUUGAUAGGAGGGUAGGUUUGAAAAGGGUUACCAACUUAAACGCAGGGAAAAAGAAGGAGCACAGAAAUAAUACAAGAAUAUUCCUCAAGGAAGCUUUCAGUAAACCUGAAGUAUGUGAGGUGAAGGGGAAUCAGCCAAAAUUUACCUCUCACCUCUGAUUCUCCCUUUAUUCUUGUUUUCUCCCCCCGUUUAGAGAUCAAUGCCCUGUUGUUUAUUCCGCAAGGGUUGGAAGCCCUGAUAUUUUCUCUUUAUAUUCUUCGAGUCUCAGUUAAAGAAAUGAUUUUGUAAAAGCUAUUAUUACAAUCAUUCUUUCGAUUUAAGGAACAUAAAUGUUCUACUCUAACUAAAUUAGUAAAAAUUUUUAUGACUCCUGAACGCCUUAAUUGAAAACCCUUUGCCUUCUCAGAUUGGGUGGGCUCCUCCCUUGUAGCUUCCAUGACAGCUCAAAGUAGAUUUUUGUAAUGAAAACAAUUGGUGCUUUAUUAGCAUUAAACCCUCUAUUCUCGUUAUCUGCUUGUUGGAUGAUGUAUUGAGUUAACGACAGGUUACAAUUUAACAGGGUUGAAAAUGUUUUCUCUCCUUUUACAUGUGGACACGUUGCAUUCAGAGACAUUAGCAAAGGGAUUUUUGUACCCUCUUUUGGCUGUAUCUGUCUAUACGUUUCUAUUCUUAUUAAGUUUUGUCUACCAGACGCGGGCAUUUUCUGCCUUCACUGACGCUGGUUCUUAGUCUUAUAAAAUCUAGACUACGUGCAGUCCCUCUGCGCGCCUCACUUCCUCGUUCUACGCGGCGCGUUUACAUUAAUUUUUUUCACUGAUUUUUCUUUUAUUUUUUGACUGGUGUGUGUGACUUCGCCAAAAAGGAGGGACUGCACGUAGUCUAUAUAAAAAUUGCAGUCACGAGCUUUUGACUCAUACUUUAUUUAAGUAUUAUAUUCAACUUGGUUAAUUUUU